GUUUUCAUGAAGCAUUCAAAUACCUAUCUAUUGCGAUAGAUGCAUUCAUCCUCACUAGAGGACACAAUAAUGGUAAUUGACAGUGAUUGUUACGUUUCAAGUACGCAGUCUUUGUGACGCCUUCAACUACAGCGAGCUUUCGUUAUCUCGGCGUCGAAACCCGACGUUGUACGACGUGAUACGCCGCAUCUCUCUCGUCAAUAUUAGAAGAAAUCCUUCAACCCAAGUCUCCUUACUCUCUUCUCCAAACGCAUAUGUAUCCUCCAAACGUUUCUGGCACGCAUCAACAACGACGUUUCUUCUCAGUCCAGCUCACCUAAGUCCUACGCCAUCCACUCCCAGUCCGUAACCAUGUCCCCUUCUACCCCCCGCCGCCAAUUCCUCCAACCCCGCGCCCCCCGCGGCAGCCCCCGCACCCAUGCCCGCCCCUCCGAAUCCUCCGCCUCCCAAUCCCCGUCUCGACCACUCGAGGCCACGGAGCCGUUCGACGACCGAGCGACGCGCGAGCGGGCAGCCAAAUAUCUGGAGAGCAACGAGGUGCUGAUCUGGUGGAGCGCGCAGCGGAACGAGUCGUUGGCGCAGACGGUGCGGUAUUUUGAGGGGGUGGUGGCGGGGGCGGGGGGGGGUGGGGAGGCGGUGUUGUGGGAGGAUGAGUAUGUGCCGGAUGAGGAGGAUCGGAGGCGGUUGGAUCCGAGGACGUAUGAGAGGGGGGAGGGGAAACAGGCGGGAGGGGGGGCCGAGGGGGGUGGGAGGGGGGACGCGGAGUUCGUUGCUGACGAGAGUGGAGAGGGGGGGGAGGACGGCGAGGAGGGGGACCGGAUGGAGUGGGAUGUGUGA